CAUCAAACGAGUAAUGCUCAUUGCUAACUUUAUUUUCCUCAAUGAUGUUCCCUUCAUUUGUAGUGAUGGCGAUUUUAUGGUUCCGUUGUGUGAUGAUGGCGUUUAGAGCGUUACAGGAAGCCAUUGACGUUGUCACAGCAUUACCGUAGCUGUUGCAUAAAUCACUCGGUAUACCAGUUGUGCAACACUACCAUGCACAGGAAUAUUUCACAAAUUCUUGAAAUACAACUAUAGGCUAGUAUAACCAGUAGCACAAUCAGGCAAAGUCAUCCUUUUAUCCUUGUAGUUAUGGUAUGCCCAUAGCAGAGGAAAUGACAGUUACGCUAAAUCGUUAGAUCCGAUUUAAGUUUGAUCUCUGCUUACGCAUACAACCAUGCAUUCCCUUGCUUUCCCGAAACACUAUCUGCUGAACACACAAACCCAUCCAUCAAUCAUGAGCGUUACCCAUGAUGUACGAAUAAACGCACGAAAAUGGCCAAUUGGACACUUCCUAUUUAGCGACGGUAUAUUUCCUCCAUCUGUCACUAAUUUAGUUGUAUGACGAAAAGUGCACGAUCGCGGCUACGUCCCAAUAUGGUGGAGAGUUACUAUCAUUAACAUUGUGCAGCAAACGGUUAAUUAAUCCAUAAACGUAACAUGACGUCUUAAAGAGUCUUGGAAAUUCCGGACGGCCAUAACUUUGGUGGCUUGUAUUACUUCAGAUGUUUAAUAUGUGUUUUUCGUAUUCUUUCUCACAUCACACAUCAAAUAAGUAAGAAAAAAAACAGGAAGUCAUCGAAGAGUUAUGCAAGCUCAAGGAUUUUGGAUAUAGUAUACUACAAUUAGUUUAAACUGUUCAAUAUUUAACACUAGAACUACCGGACUAGUAAUUUUGACUGAAACGCUUGAUUUUCGUACGAUUAAUUUAUACUCUUAUUGAAUUUAGCUUUAGUAGAACAAAAUAAACACAUUUCAUCGAUUUAAGCUUGCUGUAGUAGUAAGUUAAUUAGUGUAGUUGAUUCAUAUCCGUACGGAGAGUUUUGCACAGUCUUUGGAAGUUUAAGAACAUUAAAAGAGGGAGAGAAACACACUGUCAACUAAGCAGGAAGUGUUCAAUUGGUGGUGUUCGCGCAUUAUUCAUGCGUACCGAACCGUACCAUACAUUCUCCGUUGCACGAAAGUGAUUCAUAGAUCUACAACGGAAAGAUUUUAAUUUUUCCGUAUGUCUAAAAAUUCCAAUCCGAAAUUGCACUCCGAUUCGUAUAUGCUCCUUAAUCAAUGGAUGUUUCUAUACUUUCCGAACAGUGCUGCAACCAUUCUCCGGAAUCGCUAAAGAUGCACCCAAGUGGUACGCAAACGAUUACAAUCAACAUGAUUGCGAGACAUUCGGAUCAAUUCAAAGAGCAGUUCCGUACGCGAAGGGUGGCACCCAGUAACGUACGUUUACUACGCGUCCGGUCAGUUGUGACUAAAGCAUUGUGACAUUGCAAGUUAACAAUUUUGCGUACUAGGUUGUAAAUCGGUCAGUACCGUUGUGCGGUAGGUCUUCUGGAUGUAGCGAUAGAGCUAGGAUCUGAUUCGACACCAUCCGCUUACGAUACCGGGGUAAUGGUGGUGUUGCAGUACGGGUUCGCAGCAUCAAGAGUCUAGUGUGCAUAACUCAAUGGAUUGAAACAGUGCGACGGGGGUCAAGAGGUUGGAAAUAAAAUUCAGCUCAUACGAAUAUUGUUAAAUGGAUGUGCUGAAAUCGUAACCGAGUAGUCAGACACCCUUUCAGUCGUUUUGAGUGCAUCCAACGGUACGGUUGUGGCAGGCAAUUGUGAACCCAGCCCAGCGCGGUAGACGACGAUCGGGACAGUUUUGGGUUUGUGUUACGCUCGCCAUAUCGCUACAUGGCGGGUUGUCUAGCAAUGGCAAACAUAAGGUACAGGAUUACGCAGGUGUCCGUGAAGUGUUCACGUGGUUUAAACAUGUGUCAAAACCCGAAGCUCUUAGAGUUGAUAACAGCAUUAAGGAACUUCAUCAAUCAACGGUUUCGUUCGUGGGUGCACUUUCGUCCAUCAAUAAGAAUUCUACAAAUUCGACGACUUUUUGAAAUUCUGUGCUCUGCGAUGAAACAUGAUUAUCUGAAACAGUGAAACGUAGCCAUGGCUGUUGUGUAGAUUGCAUGGUAUCGUUAUCGGUGAAUACGCGAUCAAAAUGCAAAUAAAUUCCAAGAAUUUCAGUGAAGACAACAGACGAGAUCGUUCGUGGGAAAUGUAUUGCAAGAGCGAUACUUAACAAUUGUUUCAUCGAAUAAUUUUUUGUCUACGACAACAAUCCUCAUAACAAUAGUACGCUACAUGGAGAAACUGCAAAAACAUUCCAGCGUUCCCAACAUCUUUGCUCGCUUCUUUAAAAGUUUCACGCCGCGUACAGUGAACUACCAAAAUGGCACACUUUACUCUCGCAGUGCGACAUCAUUAAAGCAACACAAUCUUGAACGCGUUGAGCUGCGGCAAGUGUUAAACAGCUUACCCGAACGCCAACAGAAGCGAUGGAUGUCAUUUCAGCAGUUCAUAAUGCACGAACAAAACUAUCUGGACGCAAUGCGCAAAUUGCAAUAUGAGAUCUACGAUGAAUUGUUGCAGAAGGAGUCCAUCAUAGAUUGGGACCUUUCGUACACUAUAUUUGGAACACAUACUAGAAUUUGCAUGCUACAUCAGUUUAUUCAACCAUUGCUGGCGGCAUGCGUGAACGAAUGGCCCGACAGGUAUUUAGCUGGCUGGAUGAUCUGUGCACUACUCGAACAACCUUCGCUUACCCAACUGUACUCAGUGUUCAUAAAAAACUACAGGCUCAUCGUAGCGCUGGUCACUGAUCAAAUGAAUACAAACGAUAUUUUCUCUUGGUUUAUCCAGUCAAAGUUGCGUGACUUUGGCGGAAAACUAAGUUUCAGCGACUAUUUCAUAAUGCCUGUGCAAAGAAUACCACAGGUCGGACUGGAAGUGAAGGAACUGUUAAAAUACACGCCAGAAACAGAUCCAGACUGGGCUUUAAUGGACAGGUGCGUAAAACGGGCCACGUUAUUGGGAGAACAACUAAACGCAUCUAGUGGCAAACAUGAAAUCGUUCAAACUGUGCUGAAUGCGAUAGAGAACGCGGCUGGUGACAGAAGUCGAACCUAUCUCCAUGGUCGCUAUCAGUGCGAGUUGCUGCACAGCGAACAGCUAACGGAGGUGUUCCGCAAUCACACCGGAUCACGGUUUGUCCUGCUGUUAAGCGACAGACUCGUGUGUGCCAAACUUCCAGAAAAGAAGCACAAGCAUGGUCCGAUUGGUGUAUUGAAAUGGGUAAUACCGCUGCAGGAUAUUGUGAUUGAUGGCGAUGAAUUAGAUGCUACAACGAUGUCAUCAUCUAUGGCAAAUGAUGUCUCCUCCAAUUCUUUUAAGCUCAUGAGCGACUUUGGGACAUUAUCUGACAUACGAGAUCUAGUAAGCACGUUCCAAGAACCGCACGUCAAUUUAAGUGUGGAUGCUUGCCGUGCAGAACUGGACAACAUUUGGCAUUCUGUUCUGCAACAAAACGCAAACCAAGAUGAUCCAUGUUUGUUACGCGUAAAAUCAAAGCAUGGUAAAACUCAUACCCUAAAGAUGAAUAAUGCAGACACAAAAAUUGAAUGCAAUGCAAUUCGGCUAGGUCAAUUAGCUUUGCGGCCCGAAAAUUCCCCUGCCUGGUGGAAUAGUACGGUGUACGCACCGUAUGAGCCACUAUUUGUCAAAACGUUUCAAGCGGGUCACCAAGAUGCUAUGGUGACGGGAGGCUGCAGCUACGUGCCGAAUACCAAUUCACGGGCAUAUUCCAACGACCUAUUUCGUGCUUGGUCGAAACAGCAGCAUGUACUGUGGAUUAGCUCGAUAGACAAAAAACAUAACAGUACGGUAUCUCUUUAUACGCACGACCGUAUCAAACAUGUAAUAGCAGAGCGGGCUAGCUUUACUCUGCCUGCCUCUAAAAUUGUAUUUAUCGCAUACGUACCGGAAGGAAUGGUCGGUAACACGCCGACCGAUACAGUGUGGAUUGCAACGCGAUCAAGAAUAUUAAUAUAUUCCGCAACAUUCCCCAUGAUUUCUGACCGGCUGGAAUGCUUUCGGAUCAGAGAUACUCCUAAUCGGAUAUUAUAUCACGCGAAACGAGUGUUCGUUAGUACGGAUACUAACAAGCUACUGAUCUUUUCAAUGACGGACAACGGUGUGUGGGACCUAAAAACACCGCAACUAUGGCAGAACGGUUCUGUCCACGCUAUGGCUAUUGGGAUCUCCAAUGUCUACAUGGCGGUUAAUAACAAUAUUCACAUAUUUGAUAGCGAAACAGGAAAAUUCAUCAACCAGAUCUCAUCCCCGCCAACGUCCCCCGAAGACAGGCGAUGUAUAAACUUUUUGCAGUAUUCGGUGCAUGGACUGUGGGUUGCUCGAGAACGAUCGGGAAUUGUUUCGCUGUAUCAUGCCGAAUACUACCAACAUCUGCUGGAUAUUGAUACUAACAAGCAUAUCAAUCGGUUCCUGUCCGAAAACGCAGAAGAUCCCCUAAACAAACGGACAACGGUGAAAUCCAUCAUAGUAAUCGAUAACAUGUUGUGGAUCGGAACAAGUGCUGGCAUAGUGCUAUCAUUGCACCUACCAAAUUGUGCUAAUGUUCCAAUUAUGACGGAUCAAAUCUCAAUAUCAUAUCAUGGUCACAUUCGGAACGUAAGCAUUAUCAUGCCCCUGCCGUCGCUGAGUGUUCGAAAGAAGAACCACGAAAGCAUCGACAUUGAACCAGCCAUAGUUGAAAGCUUAUUCCAAAACACGAGAAAACCGUCGCGCGAUCUGUGCGCCACAAGUGUAGGCGUUGACGAUGAAAGCUUUACCUUUAUCGACUCAUUCGAUGAUUUUGAUGAACCUGAUUCUAUCUAUUCGAACUUGGAUGAACUCAACGUGUCAAAGGAGUAUACAGCGGUUGAAAAAAAAGAGAGCGAUGUUGAGGAGAAAUUUAAAACAGAAUACAAAACUGAAAACCGUACGCCGUGGACACCCGACUCCAUUUUGAUCGUCACUGGUGGUUAUGAUUAUAUUAAGAGGUCUAACAAAACAUCACAAAACACAUCUUUGCAUGAAUCUUUUCGUAGUCUAAGCGUAGCUAAUAUAGCAGAAUCUUCGAGUAAUUUGAACACUACACCAAUCAACAAAAAUGGAAACAUCAUGCUGUGGGAAAAACAGUCACAAUAGACUGAAAUAUUUGUAUUAAUCAAAUGCGAAAUGUUAUACCAGAUAUAGCUUGUAACUAACAACACUAUAAUUAGAUUUUGUAAUGUAAUGUUACUCUUAUACUUCGUAUGUUAUUGACUGUAUUCGGGGCUGUGACGUAUUCACGUGCUGUAAUUUAACGCUUUCUUUAAAUUUAAUAUUGUUGCUACUGUUUAUGUCAAGAUGUGCAACUUAUAUCAGAAAUAUCAUACUGUAUGAAAGCGAAACGAUUCAGACUACUAAUGUUUAGCUGCUUGCCUUAACAGCACAGUUGUGAUAACUAAAUGAUCUCAAUUACUAACAUAAUAAUGCUGAUCUGAACCGAAAACGAUCGCAACGACUAACGCUUUACUAUUAGUAAUAAUACUGUAUGUGUUAUCAGCAUGUAAAACAAGGUAUAGAUUUUGUAGGAGUAAAUAUAAUCUCAUCGCUAACACAUCGUUAUUAAUAUUUUAUACCGUAUACUAAUCCGGAACAUUGGCGUGUAACUGCUAACCUAGAUAUAAUAAAAACUUCUUAAAUGUUCUUAGAAGUUACGAAUAAGAUCUGUGUUAUGGAAUGUGAAAUAAUACUUGUUUUGAAUAUAUCAUUAAUCUUCCUUUAUUUUAUUGUUGAGCUUUUGCAGAUGCCGCAAUGAAGCAGAAGUACAGUCAAGUGGAUAUCGUUGCUGGUGGAUGAAUGCGUAUGAAUGUGUGACUGGCGUAUUCUUCUUCAACAUCGUACAGUGGACUCCGAUCAAGUACCUCGGCUAUUCGUAUCCGUUCUGGGCUCAUGCCUUCGGCUGGUUUACCGCACUGUCGUCAAUGCUGUGCAUUCCCGGAUACAUGAUCUGGCUGUGGAGAAACACCCCCGGCGAUCGUGCUAACAAAAUUCGACUGAUCGUUCGAAUCGAGGACAGUGUAAGCCAGCUGCGGGAGAGAAUGCAGGCUGAUGCCGAGAAAGGCAUGGAGCUGUAAGGAGCAAAUCUCGUACUAUUCUACUAUUAUAACUACCACCGUCAUCAUCAUGCCGGAUCCAACGAGUACAGUUUGGAACCGCAACGAGCAACCUAGUUGAUUUCCAUCACAAGUGCCGUAUUAUAUGCUUCAAUUGAAAGAAACACGUACAAGCGAUGCUUAAUAGCAAUAUUAACAGACGUGUAAUUCAUGCCUAGCCAAACGAUGAUUGUUGAGUACAUUUCACCCCGCAAUAAUAUGAUAAAAUGUAUCACGUUUUAUUAUUAUGAUUAUAGAUAAGUUAGCAGUCGCAUAUAUUAUAUAGAGUUAUUCGAGAAAGUAGGCUUAGCACGUCUACUCACCCGAACGUACCGGUAAAUGGCGAGGUGGUUUCAUAAUAAAACAACUAAAGAACUCAUUAACCGGGUAAUCGCGACACACAAUUAUCCUCGAAAAUACUGCAAAAAAACAUUUUACGUUACAAACUCUGUAAAACUAGGAAUACAAUUGCACAAAAGAAUUGGUUAGCAAAUGUUGGAACAGGUAAAAAUAACACAGCUUAAGAAAUAUACAGCCGAAUCAAAUCAUUCUUCCUUUUAACGAACAA